AUGACCGACUCGGACCUGGCUAGCCAGGUCAAAACACGCAUUUCAGAGGUCCUAAAACGCAGACCUGAAUCCUCUACUCACUCCUCCCAUGGAACAUAUCACCCGUCGUCCGCGCUUGGCAACGCCUUCACUUUUGGUGGUCAGUCAGCAAUCGUCGGAGUUGUCGCUGCUGGACUUCGCAACUCGCUUGCCGGUCGUAAUGCUGGAUUUGCGCUCCCAAUCGGUGCUUUUGCGGCUGUGGGAGCAACAUAUGCAUUCACUGAGGCCGUCGUAGCCAACCAGCGGGAGGCUAGCGAUACGACAAGCGUUGCUUCUGGAGCAUGUGCUGCUGGAUUUUUACUGGGGCUUGGAGUUCGCUCGAUUCCCGUUGCAGUGGGCACUUGCAGUCUAAUGGCGGCAGCCGCUGGAUUGCAAAAGUACACAAAUGGCAUGAACACUCGUCACUCCCAAGAUACGGAGAAGUCUUUCUUCAAGCCUUCUGCUGUUGUAGAGUCGAUAAGACGAGAAUCAUAA